CCAGCACAAUGGGCGAGAACGAGAGCGAAAAUCAAUAGGGUACAAUAAUAAUAAAAUUCAACAGUCACGUACGGUAUUACCAGUGAGCAUACAGCCAACUGCGAUGAGGGUACCAUUUUAUUUUCAGCAGUGGCCGUAGUAAGCGGACAGUUUCAUUUUAACCAGCUUUUAACCAAAUUCAAACCACCAAAAGUUUGUCAACGCUACACGUUUUACCGACCGCGCAUUCCGAACAGGCAUGAAUCUCAACACGAGCCAGAAUCAGACUUCGCCGGGUACGGCGAAAGAAGAACUGGACGAUUUCGAGCGCUUCGCCCUGGAUAACCUGGUCCGGAAUGAGUGGGGUCUCAAAGUGGCCACAUUGAAUCGGCUUAUGUAUUGUGGAGUUUCAGUGGAAUGUUUGGGAGUGAUUGAAGAGCAUGAUUUGAACGAUAUAUUCAACGACGAGAGAACUAUCGGCCAGAAGAUAUUGCUCAGGCAUAGACUACGCGAGUGGCGGAAAGGAUUACACUGGAACUCCCCGGAACAUUCUGCACCCACCAAACGCCGCUACGAGCGCCGCUCCACAACCGAUCGGCUGAAUGUGGACAAAAAACCUCGCAUCUCAACCAGCCACCAGAUUGACGACGAUGUCAUCGAUAACAGUAGCAUCGUCACAACGCAGCUCAUGCUACCGGAUACCCACAAUCAAUCCACGACGGUCGCUUCUUCUGCUUCCUCAUCGUCCUCGAACGGAGCCAACACCAUCCCGGACUCGGCGAACCUUCCGAUCCGAGUCACCCCGGAAGCAAUGGCUGCGUUCCUUCAGGGUAACCGAUCUGGUCGCUGGGUGCUGAACUACUUUUCCGAACAUCACCGACUGGACAAAAAGCCCCUCACCGAGUUGACCCACAUGUUGGUGGAACCGUUCCUAAUCUACAACAUAACCUUCACGCACGCUCUGAUGAGACACUAUGCCGAGGUGAUAGUUAUGCUGUUUCCCUCCGAGCAGGCGGAAACCUUUUACUGCCCUCGGAAUACCCUGCGGAAGAAUCCCACCGGCAAGCUGUACGAUCGGUACGUGAACCAACGGUUGCGGUACAAAACAAAGUACAACGCCCAACGUCCAACGAUGGUCGACGAGAGUCAACUGCAUCGAACGUUCGCCGAGAUGACCGCUGUGCCAUCUGCAUCCCUACGGCAACAGUAUCUGGACUACGCGGGAGAGCAUCCCACUGCGAAGAUCGAAUCCAACGAUACUCAGUCACUGAUGGGAAGUUUCAGUGAAGAAUCGAUGAAUGUUUACGGCGCAGAAGAUGGAGGAUAUCCGUAGGGACUUAUCGGAGUCAGUACAAACCACAAUUGGGAUAUAAGUUACCGAUUACAUUGUACCUUGUCGAAAACAUCGCUCAAUUGUUAGUGAAUUAUUGAUUUUUAGUUUUGUUGAACGUUCAACACUGAGAUUGAACAAUCAUAUAUGAAAAUUUUAAUAUUGACAAUAUUUGCUACUGCUCAUGCUGGUCAGGUUGGCUACAAAUAUAAGAUGACUCCUUUCGAGUUUCCUUCAACUCAUUAUGUAGUAAUUUAGUGACAUGAAAACACGAACUGGACUCAUAGAAAUGAUGAACAGAAAAACAGCAAAUAAAGAAAUGUAACGAAAAUGAAGUAGAGAUCAAUUAAUUUUAUGAUUGCUAUACUUUUAUUCCUUCGAAUGUAAUGCAAAACCGUACAUUUUAUGGUGAAUGAAUAAAUGAAAAAAAACAUAAAGCAUGGAAAUUCGAUAACUGACAAAUGUAUAAACAGCAUCAAAAGCUAUGUUAUGUAGAACUAGAAUAUACUAUUUUAUCUUUUCCGAUA